ACGGUUCACACGCGCAUCUAUGCCCUCACACCGCUUGUGUAGCGCUGAUAGAAUAUACACGAGCUGUAAAGCUUAGGGAAGCUUGAAUACGUGCACGAUCAGGAUUACCUAUAGUGUAUACUGUGGGGAUCAAAGCAGAAGUGAUCCAAGAUGGCUGAAGGAAACCACGACGAGAAGCAGACUUUGCAUGGCAAUUUCACAGCCUAUGCAAAGUUCGGCGAUCACAAAUCGACAGGCAAGACGAUGACAAGUAAAAACUUUGAUAAGUGGCUUAAGGAGAGCAAAGUGCAAGACGGAAAGAAGGUCAAGUCAACAGAUACAGACAUUGCAUUCACCAAGGUUCUAGGCAAGAAACCAAAGGGAACGAAAGUGAUAGAGUUCAGCGACUUGGAGCAAUGCUUAGAUGAAAUCGCCGGACACAUUUCCAAGGUGGAGGCAAAGAAGAAGGAGGCCCCGGAGGAAGAGGUUAAGAAGGAAAUCAUUGACGAAAUGAAACAGAAACUGACGGACUGUAAUCAUCCAGGACUGAAGGGAACGACUCAUGCCCAGAAGUCAAACGUUGUCGAUAGGCUGACGGACACGUCGAAGUACACCGGCUCGCACAAGGAGCGCUUUAGCCAGACCGGCAAGGGCAAGGGCAUCGAAGGUCGCAUGGACCGUCCCGAGAAGGCAGGUUACGUCAGCGGCUACAAGAACAAGGAAACGUACGAUAAGAAAGUAGGAUCGCCACGAACUAAGUCGCCAUGAUCGAUAGUAUGCGAUAGCGACGAAAAUUCGGAUAUGUAAAGGAAGGGGGGCCGGUAGAAGAAGCUUGGUGGUAAGAAGUGUCGUUUCCUUUCUCUCAAGCUCUUGCUAGUUCUUCCCUUUUGCCGGCGGUUUCGAUAGGUUCUUAACUAACACGGUUUUUGCAUCAUUGUUAUCUGACAAAUUCAGAUUUGUCUCUAAUUAUAAAUUGUAGCUGAUCGGGGUUUGAAUCGAUGUCCACGCCACCCCGUCUAUCUUGGGUAUAUAAGAGGUUUCUCUGCUUUGCUAAUGCAUCAACAGCAUUUAUCAAACCUGUGUAGCUUGCUGUCGUGUUUAGAAGUGCUGGUCACAUGCACAGAACUACUACCAAUAAAUGUUACAUGUGCCUACAUUUCGGAAAACGUACUGAAUAAGAAACAGGGAUGACGGAUAUUAUAAUAUAAUAGGAGCGAAAUAUAUAUAUAUAUAUAUUAUUCGGCUAUAAUGAUUUUUCAGUUUAGUCACAGGUGGACCAGCUGAAUAUUUUAUUUUGCAGAACCAAAACUAUCACCUGAUAAAACAACGAUUAUACCAACCGUGGCGAUGCCGCUAUGCAAAUGCGUAGUAUAUCCACCGAAUAACCUUGAAAACAAAACCCACCUAUACAAGUGCCAUGAAUUCCAUAAAACUGUAAUCACUAAAGCGUUCAGGACAACGUUUUUUUUUUAUACCGAUUGAAAACAUUUCUACGAAUACCAUCCAUGCACUUACCAUCGACACAAACAUGGCGGAACUAGUUAACACAAAGAUUACACUCACCGAACCUAAAUUGAUAAUCAUAUGUACCUUGUGUUGUACUUAUAGGUCCAGCAAUUACUUAUAUCUGCUAAUGAUAUUGGUUUUAUAUGAAAAAUACUUCUGCAUAACUAUUUGGACCUGCCAAAAUACUCAGCGGCAUGGACUCUCUGAUUAUUCUUUUUAUCAUCAUUUUUUUUCGAAAAGCUUCAUAUAUAUGCAUAUAUAUAUAUAUAUAAGACCUAUAAUAAUACAUUAUUAUUAGCUCUUGAUAUAUAUGUUGCUACAGCUACAGUAUAACAAAUGUGUAGAUAACUUAAAUAGUUAAUUUUUAAAACCUUUAAAUUUUACACUCCAAUAUAUCCAGAGGAAUAUAGGUACAUUUAGACGUACGUUUAGAUAUAAAUAUUUUACAUUCAUAUAGAGUUCUACAAGUUUUCUAUUAAAAAUCUCGAUGGGGUACAGACAAUGUUAGAGUUGCUGUUGCUUGAACUAUAAAAAAUUCAAAAACAUCUAAAUAAAUUACAGAAAAAAGCUUAUGUAGUUUUUCUGCCGCAUACCAUCAAUACGUAAUAGAAAACUAUUCGUUCAAAAGUAUGUUUUAUGUAAUGUACCCUCACGUAAACAUGCACGUUUUGACAUUUAUAAUAAAUAUACACGCGAGAAAAGGAAUGAUAAUAUAUUGUCGUAAUAAAUUUAUUUAUACAUUUAAUACCAAUUUUGUAUGCCGUUGUUGCAGUCUAUUGCAGUGAGCCUUACUAGUGAGAAUAGAUGCAAGGUAAAAAUGCUCUAGCUAUAUAGUAUAGUCCAGAGGGUAGAUAGUUUAGUGUGAAUUUUUCAUCCCACCUUUAAUCUAAAUUGAUUGUGUUUAUAGUGCAUUUAGUGGAUUGGAUCGUUAUCCCAUACCAAGGCAUAGAGUUGGAGGAAAGGAAAUUACAACUGUGUACCAGUAAUGGCACAGAGGUUGACAUGAAGCCAGUAAAUAGCAGUUAGGAACAAUAGUAUAAAACUGUUCACUCUUUCACACUUGUAUUCCUUUGCUGUACCUCAUGCCUUCAUUUUACUUGUUGAAGAGGCAAUGACAGUGAAAGAAAGGCUAGAAGUAAUGUUCCACCGUGUGCUUACUGGGUUUCACAUGUUUAAUCAAACGAAAAUGCAAACACUACGUGAUUAGCGGUGAUAACUCUGUAGAUAGGUUUGCUAUAAAUCUGAUUAUCAUGAACUAAUAUUUAAAUACAGAUGGGUACAGUCAGGCUGUCGUGUAAUGCGAUACACUCGGCCGUAUUAGAAAUAUCAUGACAUCGGGGGCCGUUGUCAGAAACAUCGUAAGUUAAUGUUACGACUAAUGUUAAGACUAAUUUUGUUUCUGACAACGGGACCCUGGUUGUCAGAAAGGUGUACUGUAACAAUGUUAUAGUUUGGGUUUUAAACAUACGUUGUUAACCUUCGGAAAACAUCAAGGUUAAGCAUCAAAGAAGAGACGCCUUGCACGUAACACCUUUCUAUGUUACCUCACCGUUGUUCACCAACGAAUCAAAAUUAAAACUUUAUAGGUGCAACAGCAGUUUGAUGAGGAUGCGCACGUACCUUAUCAGGAGUCUAUCAAUUGAUAGACUCCUGACCUAAUCACAAAGGUUUACCGCGAACUUAAUGCAACAGUAAAUUGCACGCAAGCCGAGGGUUAUGGUAAUAUGGUAAAUGCGUUGUCGUGAAGCACACCUUAACUGUAUAUAUUCAACUCUGCGUUUAAUUGUGUGGAUAUUGCAAUCGUAUAGUACCUUCGUGUUUAAUGCGAGAUUAUAUUUGUUUUGUGAAACCUCAGAUUACUUGCAUAGCCAUAGAACCGACACUUGAUGUUGAUAGACCAGAUAGGCUGUUGUUAGCCUGUGUACCUGUAUUCAAGAGCUUGAAAAUUUUAAACAGAUUAUUAUUUUUAUUUUGUCAAGAAUUAGGCUAUAUAGUAUAUAUUAGCCUAUAAUGAAUUCUGAAAAUAAAUGGGUAGACAAAGUGCUGCAUAGUAAUUAGAGACAAAUUAAGUGUUAUGAACAUUUGGAUGUACUUGUUUCAUGGAAAUAUAUAAAUGCAUAUGAUAUGAGUCUAUU